AGAAAGAGUGCGGGGCAGGAGGCGGAGGAAGCCACCGCUCUCUUUCCGAUAAAGAUCCUGCCAGAGCCGGGGCUGUGUGAGGAAAGCCCGGAACCGGCCGUACAGUGUAAUCUCCCGGCCAGUGUCUCCAUCAUCCCAGGGGUCCGUCCACGAGGAGGCGGGAGGAGGCCAUGGACGAGGACCGCUCCGGAGAGCAGAUGAGACCGCUUCUCACCACGGGUCACGAUGAAGAAGCAGUGGUUGAUCUGGGGAAAACCAGUUCUACUGUCAACACAAACUACGAGAAGGAAGAAUUGGAAAGUCACAGAGCGGUUUAUAUUGGGGUUCAUGUACCACUAGGCAGACAGAGCCGUAGACGCCAUAGACAUCGGGGGCACAGGCAUCACCGGAGAAGAAGAGAAAAAGAAAAUGAUAAAGAUGAUGGCCGAGAAUCUCCAAACUAUGACACCCCAUCACAACGUGUCCAAUUUAUUCUGGGCACCGAGGAUGAUGAUGAAGAACACAUCCCACAUGACCUCUUUACAGAAAUGGAUGAGCUAUGCUUUCGGGAUGGAGUGGAAUGUGAAUGGAAGGAGACGGCAAGGUGGCUCAAGUUUGAGGAAGAUGUUGAAGAUGGUGGAGACAGGUGGAGUAAACCUUACGUGGCCACCCUAUCUCUACACAGCCUCUUUGAGCUGCGAAGCUGCAUACUUAACGGUACAGUGAUGCUGGACAUGAGAGCGAGCACUAUCGAGGAAAUUGCAGAUAUGUUGCUGGAUAACAUGACUGCGUCAGGUCAGCUGGACGAUUCCAUGAGGGAACAGGUCAGAGAAGCUCUCUUGAAGAGGCAUCACCACCAGAACGAGAAGAAGCUAAGUAACCGCAUCCCUCUGGUGCGGUCCUUCGCUGACAUAGGCAAGAAACAUUCUGAUCCUCACUUGCUUGACCGAAACGGGGAAGGCCUUUCAGCCUCCCGUCUCUCAUUGCGAGCAGAAUCUCGCCUUUCCCUACUCCUCAAUUCUCUUCUUCCUCCCUCGAGAGGCGGAACCCCAGCUGGCUCCAGGCAAACCACCCCUGUACCAACCCCCCAAAACUCACCACCCUCUAGCCCCAAAUUCAGUCGGUUGGAGUCAUCAAGUUCUGAGCGGUGGGUCCCAGAGGUACAGCCUGUUACUGGUGAUGUUAUUCCUAUGGUAAUAGUUCAUCCGCCAGAGGAGGAUGGCGAAAAUGAUGAAGUCUCCGUCAUAAAGAAGGAAGAACAUGGUGAUAUCUAUCCAGGGCUGCUAUCUUCACCACAGUCCGCUCCAGGAAAUUUAGAUGUUGGCAAAUCGGCUGAGCUGAAACGGAACGGAACAGGGGGCAGUCAGGAGAACAGCACCGUGGACUUUAGUAGGGUUGACAUGAACUUCAUGAGGAAAAUCCCUCCAAGAGCUGAGGCAUCGAAUGUCUUGGUGGGAGAAGUAGAUUUUUUGGAUCGGCCGAUUAUUGCCUUUGUCAGAUUAAGUCCAGCAGUUCUCCUCUCUGGUCUAACAGAAGUACCGAUCCCAACAAGGUUCCUUUUUGUAUUAUUGGGUCCAACUGGAAAGGCAGCACAGUACCAUGAAAUAGGAAGAUCCAUUGCUACACUAAUGACAGAUGAGAUAUUCCACGAUGUAGCCUACAAGGCAAAAGAUAGAAAUGAUCUUCUUGCAGGAGUAGAUGAAUUUCUAGACCAAGUAACAGUCCUACCUCCAGGAGAGUGGGAUCCAUCCAUUCGUAUUGAGCCACCAAAAAGUGUUCCAUCUCAGGAGAAGCGCAAGAUCCCAACAAUACCAAAUGGUUCCACCCCAACAGGUGAGACGAUAAAGGAGGAGCAGCAUCAUGCUGGCCCCGAGCUUCAGAGAACUGGAAGGGUUUUUGGUGGUUUGAUGCUUGACAUCAAAAGGAAAGCACCUUUUUUCUUGAGUGACUUCAAGGAUGCAUUAAGCCUGCAGUGCCUGGCCUCCGUUCUUUUCCUAUACUGUGCCUGUAUGUCUCCUGUAAUCACUUUUGGAGGUCUUCUGGGAGAAGCCACACAAAACAGAAUAAGUGCAAUAGAGUCUCUUUUUGGAGCAUCAUUAACAGGCAUUGCCUAUUCUCUCUUUGCUGGACAACCUCUCACUAUAUUGGGAAGCACAGGACCUGUCCUGGUGUUUGAGAAGAUACUGUUCAAAUUCUGCAGGGAUUAUGGCCUGUCCUAUCUGUCGCUGCGCACCAGCAUUGGUCUAUGGACAGCUUUCUUGUGUUUAUUGCUGGUGGCCACGGACGCAAGUAGUCUAGUCUGCUACAUCACACGGUUUACAGAAGAAGCAUUUGCUGCUCUUAUUUGUAUUAUAUUUAUUUAUGAAGCAUUGGAGAAACUGUACGAUUUGGGAGAAAAAUACGCUUUCAAUAUGCACAAUGAUAUUGAGUUGCUGACACAAUACUCGUGUGUCUGUGCAGAGCCAGCCAUCCCCAGCAAUGAAACUUUGGCUGCGUGGAGUGAAAAGAACAUCACAACCAGUGAAGUACACUGGAGUAACCUCACCGUCUCUGGGUGUCUUGCGCAUCAUGGUUCGUUUGAGGGUCCAGCAUGCGGUCAUCAUGGUCCAUAUAUACCAGAUGUUUUCUUCUGGUGUGUCAUCCUAUUUUUCACUACAUUCUUCCUUUCAGCCUUCCUGAAGCAGUUCAAGUUUAAGAAUUAUUUUCCAACCAAGGUACGUUCUACAGUCAGCGAUUUUGCCAUCUUCCUGACUAUAGUCAUUAUGGUUCUCAUUGACUAUCUUGUGGGUGUUCCAUCACCAAAGCUCCAUGUUCCUGAAAAGUUUGAGCCCACUCUGAAAGAUAGAGGAUGGAUCAUAGAUCCUCUUGGGCGUAAUCCUUGGUGGACCUUAUUAGCUGCUGCCAUCCCAGCCUUGCUAUGCACCAUUCUUAUCUUCAUGGAUCAGCAGAUCACUGCUGUGAUUAUUAACCGGAAGGAGCACAAGCUAAAGAAAGGGGGUGGCUAUCAUCUGGACCUUUUUAUGGUCGCCAUCAUGCUGGGAAUCUGUUCCAUCAUGGGCUUACCAUGGUUUGUAGCUGCAACUGUUCUAUCCAUCAGCCAUGUUAACAGCUUAAAAGUGGAAUCUGAGUGUUCUGCUCCAGGAGAACAGCCAAAAUUCCUGGGCAUCAGAGAACAGCGAGUGACUGGUCUUCUGAUCUUUGUUCUGAUGGGACUGUCUGUGUUCAUGACCUCUGUAUUAAAGUUUAUUCCAAUGCCGGUUCUGUAUGGUGUGUUCCUGUAUAUGGGCGCCUCUUCACUCAAGGGUAUACAGUUUUUCGACCGAAUCAAGCUGUUUGCGAUGCCUGCCAAGCAUCAGCCAGACCUGAUAUAUCUCCGUUAUGUUCCCCUCUGGAAAGUCCACGUCUUCACGGUCAUACAGCUCACAUGUCUUGUGCUGUUGUGGGUGAUCAAAGCGUCUGCUGCAGCUGUUGUGUUCCCCAUGAUGGUUCUUGCCCUGGUAUUUAUCCGCAAACUUUUAGAUUUCUGUUUUACCAAGCGUGAAUUAAGCUGGUUGGAUGAUCUGAUGCCCGAAAGUAAGAAAAAGAAAGAAGAUGAUAAGAAGAAAAAAGAGAAGGAGAUUGAAGAUGAUUCACCUGAGGAAGCGGAACGAAUGCUUCAGGUAGAGGAUAGCGAAAAUGUGCCGCUUGACUAUGAGGGCAGGAGCCUUCUCCAGAUUCCUGUAAAGAGCUUGAAGUACAGCCUUGAUCCAUCAGUUGUAAACAUAUCAGAUGAGAUGGCAAAAACUGCACAGUGGAAGGCUCUUUCCAUGAACCCUGAAAAUGCCAAAGUAACCAGGUCUAACCAGAGUCCUGACAAACCGGUUAGUGUGAAGAUCACCCUAGAAGAUGAAAGUUUCCGAAAAUACGUGGAUGCCGAAACCUCCUUAUAGAACGAACCCCCAUCAAGAAGACGAGCGUGGAAAGAGAAGCGUGUGCGAGAUUGUAUGUGACGUGUGUGAAUGUACCUGGCGUGGGUAUCAGACCAUCAGUGCGUGCAAACAUUUCCAGAAUACUGUGUGUGCACCGGAUAAAUUAUUAGCACUGUAAAUACUGUAUAGGAUCUCAGGCGGGCUGUCUGCACAGGAUGAUCACUCGGCAAUUAUUUAUUCAAUAGGAAUUUUUAUAGAAUUCUUUUUAAUUGUAUAUUUAAUAACCUGUCAUCAAGCAAUAGUGUUAAACCCGAACCAUCGGGCAGUUCUCCAUAUGUCAUUCCCAUGUUCAUGUAUAAUGCAGAUCUGUUUUGCUUUUUAUUAGAUUUUUUUUAAGUCCUAAUUUGCUUGGGUGGAAUCAUUAGCCAAACCUGCCAGUAGGGUCCCCUUAGGACAGUGGAUUUUAUCUUCAGUUGACAAAAGAACAAAGCAGAGAAGUCAUUGCUUCUACAGAGCACUUUGGCCUUCCAUACCCCUAAACGCGUUCUGUAAGAUGCCAGUUACCUCAGACAAACCAUAGUACCCCCCGGCAUGGCUACACUGUGUAUUG